GCAGUGUACUUACAAGUCUGGUUACCAAUUUAUUACUUUCUUGAAUACUAGUAGUACUUUAUUUAUUAGUGUUGACGAGUAUACUAUAUUCUUGAUUCUUGAUAAUCAAUCAUAUUCAUUAGUAGACUCAAUUUCAGUAUCAUUUUGAAAGCUAAAAAAGGCCAACCUUUUUUUUUCAUGCUUCUAUUUUACUGUAUUGUAAGGCACUACCAAACACUGAUAAUAACAACCACAACCCCACAUUUCCAUUUCAAGAUUUCAUGUUUCUUUGUUAGAGAUAUUGCCUUUUACUUCAAAGGAAGGUUUCCUUUUGUUAUAUGUUUUCAAUUAAAGAAGCCAGAAGGUGUCUAUAGGGUCCCUCUCUAUUUUUAUUUUUUGUUCUUGGGAUUUGUGCAUAUCUCUAUAUACAUUUUUUGAGUAAUGGGAUUCUUUGAUUUGAAAUGGAUUCAUUUCCUUAAUGGGGUUUUAGGAGUAUAAGAGAUCUGAGGAUUGGAUUUUUAUUCAUUGUGUUGUUGGAGGCUUACUUUUACUUGUGGGAUCUCAUCAUAUAGAGGUUUCACUAAGAUGGCGUCCGACCUUAAUUUCCAACUGUCCAAGAAAACCCAUAUAUUUCAUCUCAAGGUGUGGGUUUUAUUAGCCAUAUUUGUUGGACUAUUUAUUGUGGUAAUUCUUUUGCUGCUGUCGUAUUGUUUUUCGCAUAAGAAAUCAAGAAAGUCUCAUGAUACACUACCGAUAAGCAAAAUUCCUUCGGUGUGCAAAGAAAUAAGAGUUGAUCAAAAUUCAGCAAGCAACUACGGGAGCCACUAUAGGAAUCCCCUCGCAUUUCAGGAUACAUACUGUGAGAAAGAUUCGGAUAAGCUUUUGGCACAUUCAAAUAUUGAAAAGAUGAAAGAUUUUGACGUUAACAGUCAAUCAGACUCGUUUACCUAUUUAGACAAAGACGGAACAUUUGAGUCGGGGGACAAGGGAGUUACCGGAACAGUACAUCAAAAUAAUGUCCCAUCUCCUCUCUCUGGUUUGCCUGAAUUCUCUCACCUUGGUUGGGGCCAUUGGUUUACUCUGAGGGACCUUGAAACUGCAACGAACAAGUUCUCUAAGGAUAAUGUCAUUGGAGAGGGUGGUUAUGGCAUUGUUUACCGGGGAAAGCUGAUUAACGGAACUGAAGUUGCUGUUAAAAAGCUAUUGAACAAUUUAGGACAAGCAGAGAAAGAAUUUCAAGUGGAAGUUGAGGCCAUCGGUCAUGUCCGACAUAAAAAUUUGGUUAGACUUUUGGGCUACUGUAUUGAAGGAACCCACAGGUUACUGGUUUAUGAGUGCGUAAACAAUGGGAAUUUAGAGCAGUGGCUACAUGGAGCUAUGCAACAUCACGGUUACCUUACAUGGGAAGCCCGGAUGAAGAUUCUCCUGGGCACUGCUAAAGCUCUUGCGUAUUUACAUGAGGCAAUUGAGCCCAAGGUGGUGCAUCGUGACAUCAAGUCAAGCAACAUAUUGAUCGAUGAUGACUUCAACGCGAAAAUUUCUGAUUUUGGCCUGGCCAAGUUGCUUGGUGCAGGGAAGAGUCACAUUACGACCAGAGUUAUGGGCACCUUUGGAUAUGUCGCCCCCGAGUAUGCAAAUAGUGGUCUCCUGAAUGAAAAGAGCGAUGUGUACAGCUUCGGUGUUGUGCUUCUGGAAGCCAUCACUGGAAGAGAUCCCGUGGAUUACGGUCGUCCUGCUCCUGAGGUGAAUCUUGUUGACUGGCUCAAGAUGAUGGUUGGCAGCAAACGCGCAGAAGAAGUAGUUGAUCCAACAAUCGAGACAAGGCCUUCCACAGCCGCCCUUAAACGAGCUCUAUUGACGACUUUAAGAUGUCUUGAUCCAGAUUCUGAUAAGAGGCCAACAAUGAGUCAAGUUGUUAGAAUGCUCGAAUCUGAAGAAUAUCCGAUACCACGAGAGGGACGAAGACGGAGAAAGAAUCAGGCAGGUGCAGAACUAACAAAAUCACAUAAUCGGAAGUCUAACACGGAUAGCAGCGAUAGGCCAAUUUUGAUGACGAAAGCUAGAAGCGAUCACCGAACAAAUGCAUAAGAUUUAAACUACAAAAGCAUAGGGGCUAUCUCCAGAUUGAUGAAUCUGAAAGUUGCAAUGAGCUGAAAUGAUUGGAGUGACACAUAAAGGAGCCAUAUAUACACAUAUAUAUAUACAUAUUUUACUAGUAAGUGUUUGAGAGAAUCAUUUUUGUGUGUAUGAAAGUCAGAGUCAUUGAGUUAGUAUAUAUAACUUCUUCAUUUUGACUAUGUUUUAUCUACAGAAAUGGUAUGUAUAGAUAGUUUACAUGCCCUUUAAGCAACAGGGAUGUAAAGUUUCAUUUUGUGAUAUUGUAUGAAGAAAACCAUUAGCUUUUGUUCUAUUUUCUUGGGCUGUAAUAACUUUAGCACUUGAUGAUAUUGUAUGAAGAAAACCGUUCGCCCCGUUUCA